CCAACUUGCCCACCCUUACCAUUCGGUACCUGUCUGCGCCAAAAUGUACGAGGGAGACUCGUGGUACAAUGCCUUCGUGCCUCGCGCGGCCAAGCCCCAAGAAAAGGGCAAGAAUCGCCGGCGCGAGUCUCUGCUCAAACAGCCAAACCCAGGCUGACGUCGAGCGCGUAGAAGGUAUUGCAGAGGCUAUAGAAGAGGCACCUGGCCUCAUCAAUGGCCCUCCGCCGGCCACCGUGGCCAGACGCGCCAAAUCCUAUAGCGACUUCUACACUGUGGUACGCGCCCACUUGAAGAAGGAGAAGGCACUGGAGAAGAAAAAGUCAAGAGAAGACAUCAGCACCGAGUUGGAGUUUGCCGAGUGGUAUGGCGGGGUCAAUGAGGAGCUGCUCGAGGCCAGUCACGACGAGUAUAGACUUUACCAGAACCAGCUGCAUAUGACGCGCAACCGCCUAGAUAACAUCGUCUCCGAGACGUGGUCAACUCUCGGCAUACUCUCCUCCCUCUCCGAGUCCUUCAAAGUCGUCGAGGCGCAGACGAACGCGUUCCGUACACAAUGCGAAGGCUUGAUUGACGACCAGAAGCGCAUAACGAAGCUUGCAGAUGACAUGGAGCAGAACCUCCGCUACUAUGUAUACCUCGAGCCCACGACUAAACGGCUUAAUGCCCCAGGAGCAGGCAAGUUCGUGCGGGGCAAGGAGUUUACCGACAUGCUGGCCAAUUUGGACAGUUGUCUAGAGUACAUGCAGGCCCAUACGAAGCACAGCGAGGCAGAAACAUACCGCUCGCGAUAUCGACUUCUCCUCACCCGCGCCCUCACACUCAUCCGAGUUCACUUCACCGAAGCUCUCCGCGAAAUCGCCGCCGAUGUAGCCAAGAGAAUAGCGGAUAGGCAGCUGAACGAUACAACCAUGUCAGCACUUUUGUAUGCAAAGUUCCGCGUUGGUGCGCCAGAACUCAAGACUAUCGGACAGGAAAUUCAAAAGCGGGCAGUGUUACCCGCAGGAGCUGCGCCAGGUGCAGAAGCAGAGUAUCAGAGCUUGAUGAAUGAGCUGUACCAAAGCUAUUCUACCACUCGCGGUCGCCUCAUUCUGCCAAUCGUGACGAAGAAGAUCAGCGACAUUGCACAAGCUCCCAGUACUUCGACAGAUUUGGUAGCUUUCGCUCGAAGUAGCAUAAGUUACAUGCGCGACCUCUGUUUCAGCGAAGGCGACUUGUGGCGCGAAUGGUUUGAAGGGGAUGGCGGACUAUACGACUUCCUAGAAGCCAUGUGUGAACCAUUGUAUGACUACCUGCGACCGCGAACAAUCCACGAAACACAGAUCCUCAAACUUUGUGAACUGUGUACGCUGCUACAAACGCAAUACAUGGAAGAGGAUGAGGAAGAAGCACCUAUUGACGCCAGCAAGAUCGACUUCUCUAUCAUAGUGCACCCCGCGUUGGAAGACGCUCAGAGUCGGCUCGUGUUCCUCUCCCUCGCCAUCCUCCGAGAUGACAUUGAGAGGUACAAGCCAAAGCCGGAAGAUCUCGACUAUCCAGCAAAGAACAAGCAGAAGGCCAUCUCUGGGGCGAAGUCCAAUCUACCUAUCUUGUCUGGCAAGAAGCAGCCGAAAGAAGAAGUCCCGCCAACCCCUCUGCUGCCAAAAACGCCGACAGUCGUUGAACACGAUGACCAGGAUGGCCGCUUCAACUUUAACACGGAGGCUGCGUUUAAAGAUUGGUAUCCAACCCUGAGAAAGGCUAUAUGGCUGCUCAGCAAGAUCUAUCGCCUUGUUCACUCCUCAGUGUUCGAUGACCUAGCCCACCGCAUCGUCCACAGUACCACAGUUUCCCUCACACAGGCUAGCACGCUUCUUACAAAAUCCACUUCCCCUACCGAUGCCGCCCUCUUCCUCGUCUCACAUCUUCUCCUUCUUAAACAACAAAUCGUGGCCUUUGACAUCGAAUUCGUCACGCCAGAAACAGACGUCCACUACGACUUCUCUAGCAUCACUAACACCUUUUGGGAGCUACGUGCCCGAGGAGCCCUCUUUAACCCGCGCAACCUCGUCGGCUUGCUCAUCCCCAAAGUUGUAGAGAACAUGCUUGACGCCAAAGCGGAAGUAGACGCGCGUCUCCGCCAAGCGAUUAACGACUUUACUGGACAAUUCGUGGCUCGAAUGACGGCCCCGAUCAAUACGAAGAAUAACAAAAAAGUGCCGCCCACGGAAGCACCAGCCCGCACGAGCAAGAUUCGCCAGAAUAUUGAACAUGAGACGUCAUUCCUUCGGUCCAAAUUGGAAGAGUACAUUACCGACCACCGCACUCGCGAGAUGCUCGUAGCAGCCGUCAUGGAAUCUGUCACCCAGACGUACGAAGACUGGUUCGAUACAUCGUACACGCCUUCUAUAUCCAGCACCAAUGGAUCGGGGAGGAGCACAAAGGGCAAGGGUAGAGAAGAUGGCGUCUGGGAUCCCGAUGUAUUUAAUGAGUGGUGUGCGAAUGUGUUCAAGGUGGGUACGUUAGGGUUGGGGGCCGUGGGUGGUGAGCAAGAUGAUGUGGGUUCUGACGGGUCGUAUGAUGGGAGUGAUUCGGACAGCAUUGGUGUUGUUAGUGGACGUACGGGUACGGAGACGACGGGAAGUAUGAGGACGGGGAUGAGGAUUAAGAUGUGAUAUUACUUCAAACAGAGCUAUACCGCGCUUCCUACUAUACUAGCUACCCCACCCUAAUCGGAGUUAUAUCCAACGUCUUCGUCUAUAUGAUUGAAGCUAUUCGGUAUAAAUUGACGUCA